GUCCAAGCGUUUGCUAAGAAAAUAUAAUAUAAUAUAAAGCUUGGAGCAGAUAGCCAGGCGAAACGUUGGAUUUACUUCAAAUUCUUUCACUGAGAUUUAACAAAUACAUUUUUUCUCUUUAAUGUCUCACAUUAACUCGGCGCCCAAAUGCUGUGAAACUAUUCGUUCCUACUUUAUUCAGUUUACAUUCUCGAAGUUUAUUUCUGAUUGAAUUAUUAUUUCAAAAUAGAAAACAUCUAUAUUUUCUCAAUGGAAAACGGAAGAAAUACCAAUCUUCGAAGUCUUGUUCGACCCGUUUCACCAUUAUCCAGAUGGCAAAAACCACCACUUCCAAUUGAUACUGUUGAUGACGAUGAUGAUGAAAUAAGAAGAGGUGGUGUUGAUCGUAAACGUUUAGAUCGUCGAAGUAGAAGUCGUUCCCCAGCGUUGUUUUCUUCUGUACAACUUGCUUCAAGUGGACCUACUAGUGGUGUAGAGAUACAGCCAAGUGAAGAAACUAGACGUAUUAUUGUACGUCGUCCUUUACAAGAUACAAAAGAGGAAGUAGAAGAUUAUACAGAAAAACAGUCAAAAUCAAAACCUAAUGAUUACUCACGACCAAAUAACGAUGAUAAUAAACGACGUUUAAGAGAUGAAAGAUCAAGGAAACUGAUGCCACGACCUAUUCUAUUCAAAAAUCGUCCUGUACCAAUCACUGCUCCAAGUGGGAUUGACCGGGAGAAUACUUGUCCUAUGCUGCUUCGUUUAUUUUAUUCCACAAAUGCACGUCAUUAUUCAUUGUCGGAUUAUAAUAAACGUCGUACACCGGAAAAUGAGAUACAGUUCAAUACAUGGAUUGAUGCAACGCUUGCAGAAUUAGCUGAUGAAGUACGUAAUGUAGUGCCCAUAGCUAGACGUCGUGGUACACGUAUGCAUUUCGCAAUAGUCUAUCCGGAUAGUCGUGGUACUUAUGGACGUCGUCAAUUAGGUGUUGUUAUCACUGGUUAUGGAUUAAGCUCUUGUGAAUUUGAUAAUAAUUCUGCUGAUACAACAACAAAUCGUAACAAUAAUAAUAUUCAGAGACCUUCUAAUUUGAUUGACGACUCAUCAGUAACUCUGUUGUCGAAAAAAUUCCAGAUUGGUGAUUAUGUGGAUUGUGCAAUUGUUGAAUAUACUCCAGGUUCUUUAGGUGGUUGGUCAUCUGGACGACGUCCACUUGGUCCACCACCACCAUCAACAACAACUGGAUCUGUUCCACAUGGUUCUGCACUUGAAGAAGCUCGAAUGAUAUAGUCAUUUCUGACAAAUAUAAAAUAUAAUUUGUAAAAUGUCUACUUUUAUCUGUUUGUUUAUUUUUUCUUGUAAAUAAAACAUGUUGAUUGUUUUACA